AAUCAACCAACUUCAUGAUCUACUGCUUGACCUAAUCCCGCAUUAUUUGAACUUCGGGAGACAUGACCAAGUCCAGUGAUGGUAAAAAGGUUUCGAGUCAGUUGAACGAAACUGAGCAGAACUUCUUACGUGCAGCUCGCGCUGGAGAUCUGUCAAAAGUUGUAGAACUUUUGAACGCUGGUGUACACAUCAAUUUAUCCAACUCGAUUGGACUUACUGCACUUCAUUUAGCCUCAAAAGAAGGUUAUGUUCAUGUUGUCGAUGAGCUACUCCGACGUGGAGCAGAUUUCGAUGCUCCUACUAAGAAAGGAAAUACAGCACUUCAUAUCGCAAGUUUAGCUGGUCAUUUCGAAGUUGUCAAGCUACUUUUGGAUGCUGGUGCCAAUAUAAAUCGUCAGUCAGUUAUUGGAUUUACCCCAUUGUAUAUGGCUGCUCAGGAAAAUCAUCUUAAUGUAGUUGAUCUUCUACUUCAACGUGGUGCAAACCAAGCAUUAACUACUGAAGAUGGUUUCACUCCUUUAGCAGUAGCCUUACAACAAGGACAUGAUCGUGUUGUGGCACAUCUUCUAGAAAGAGAUUCACGUAGUCGAGGUGGCAUGCCAGCUCUACAUAUUGCAGCACGAAAAGAUGAUGCAAAUGCUGUGAGUUUGUUAUUGAACAAUGCAGAAGUUAAUGUGAAUCAUCAAUCUCAACCUGGUUUCACUCCACUACAUAUUGCUGCUCAUUACGGUAACGUGGCUGUAGCACGUGUACUUAUUGAACGUGGGGCAGAUGUAAACUUUCAAGCCAAGAAUAAUAUCACACCAUUACAUGUGGCUGCUAAAUGGGGUCGUGGUGGAAUGGUCCAACUACUUUUGAAUUCAAAUGCCUUAGUUGAUUGUCGUACACGUGAUGGUUUAACGCCAUUACAUUGUGCUGCUAGAUCUGGUCAUGCAGAAUUAGCUUCACUGUUGAUGGGUGCUGGUGCAAAUCCUUCAGCUAAAACAAGGAAUGGAUUAACUCCAUUGCAUAUGGCAGCACAAGGUAAUAAUGAAGAAGUUGCUCGUGUAUUGAUUCUGCGUGGUGCUAGUGUAGCUGACAGAACAGGAGAUUCUUUGACCCCACUACAUGUGGCUGCUCAUUGUGGUAAUACAGAAGUGGCACGUGUACUCUUAGACAAUGGAUGUGAUGUGAAUGCACGUGCUCUGAAUGGUUUUACUCCAUUGCAUAUUGCUUGUAAGAAACAAAAAAUUCGAGUUAUUGAACUACUUCUUCAGUAUGGUGCACAAAUCAAUAUGACUACUGAAUCUGGCCUAUCUCCAUUACAUGUGGCAGCAUUUAUUGGUGGUCCAGAAAUUGUUCAGCUAUUAAUACAACAUGGUGCACAUGUGAAUCAAGCUACAAUGCGUUGUGAAACAGCAUUACAUUUAGCUGUACGUAAUCGACAAGUUAGUGUUGCUGAAACACUUAUCUAUCAUGGUGCAUCGGUAAAUGCUAAAGCUAGAGAUGAACAAACACCGUUGCAUGUGGCCUGUUUAACUGGGACACCAGAAUUAAUCAAUGUAUUGUUAUCAUGUAAAGCUAAUCCGAAUCUACCAGCUCGUGAUGGUUAUACAGCUUUGCAUAUUGCAUCUAAAGAAGGUCGUCAUGAUUUGUUAGGUCAAUUGUUAGAAGCUGGUGCUGAUUUAAACGCUCGUACGAAGAAAGGUUUCACCGCUCUUCAUUUAGCCGCUAAACGUGGUCAAGUCAAAGUAGCUAAACAAUUAAUUCAAGCACAACCGAAAAGUGUUAACGCUAUCGGCCAGAAUGAUUUAACUCCUUUGCAUAUUGCUACACAUUAUAAUCGUUUAGCUGUCGUACAAUUAUUAUUGGAUAAUAAUGCACAAGUAGAUUGUCGAGCUGGCAAUGGUUAUACGUCGUUACAUAUGGCAGCUAAACAGAAUCAUUUAGAUAUUGCUACACUUUUAUUGGCUCAUGAAUCUGACCAAAUUCAAAUCGCGAAUUCAUCAUCACGUAGUGGGUUUACACCAUUACAUUUAGCUGCACAAGAAGGUCAUACAGAUAUGGUUUCAUUACUACUACAACAUGGAGCUGAUCCAAAUCAUCAGUCGAAAAAUGGUCUUGCACCACUACAUUUAGCCGCUCAAGAAGAUCACGUGUCAGUGGCACAAAUUUUAAAAUCCGCCGGUGCUAAAGUUAGCCCUCUAACUAGAGCUGGUUACAGUCCGUUACAUACAGCAUGUCAUUUUGGACAAAUUAACAUGGUACGCUACUUAUUAGAUUUACCCGAUGCACCAGAUAUUAAUCAACGAACACAAAUGGGUUUUACUCCGUUACAUUUAGCUACACAACAAUGUCAUUCACAAGUGGUUCGUUUACUCUUAGAAAUGGGUGCUGACAGUAAUGUUAGAAAUCAGCAAGGUCUGACACCAGCACAUAUAGCACGUAAACAGCAUUAUGUUACAAUAUUUGAUAUUUUAAAAACUGUUACUACAACUGUAGUCAGUUGGGAGGAGGAACAUGAAGAACUUGAUCAAACGCUAAUGUUAGAACAUCCAGAUUUUAUGCGUGAACAUCCAUUUACAGAAUUAGAUGAAGAUGGUGUUGCACCUUCACCAUCAAUUUCACAUCGGUUAUCAUCAUCUAAUAAGAAACUAAAGUCAAAUGAAGAUGAUAAUUAUUAUUCAUCUGAUGUUACUGAACAAAAGAGUCAUACUGGUCUGUUCAAUUCAGCUUUUGAUAGUACAAUAUUAGCUGAAACGGAGAAUGAUGAUAUUUGGGGGCAAUUGGAGUAUAUGCAUUCCACUUUGAGUGAUGAGAAUACAAAUGAAUUUAUCGCUACUCAAACUAGUUCUGUCUUGGAAACUAUCUCCCCAAAAUCUGUGCAAAAUACUGAAGUUCAAAUGUUCGGAGAAAGUGGUCAACCUGAUGGUGAUUGGGAUUUGGAAGUAGACAAUAUGGCGGUUAUUAAGAAGCCAAUUAAUACAGGAUUUUUAGUUUCAUUCAUUGCGGAUGCUCGCGGAGGUCUAAUUCAAGCAAGACGUUAUCCUGAUCUUAGGAUAUUUAUUCCUCCAAAUGUUAUCAAUGGUCCACUUCGUAUUGUUUGUCGUCUAGUUCAUCCUGAUCGCAUGAAUUCACCACCAAUUAUGAAUGAUGGUGAUGGUUUAGCCUGUCGGUUACUUGAAAUCGGACCCGCUGGUAUACGAUUCGCUUCACCUAUUCUCUUUGAAAUACCACAUUAUGCUUUUUUAAAUGGGAAAAAUCGUGAGAUUGUUAUCCUCCGUUCAGAUAAUGGUGAAACAUGGAAAGAGCAUCCAUUGGAUGCUACAGACCAAGCUGUUCAAGACACUUUGAAUGGACAUUUUGAUUACGCUGGAUCAUUUGAAGAAUUACGUUCUAAGUCAAUACAUCGUAUUUUAACAUAUGAUCUACCACAAUAUUUUGCACUUAUUACACGUAUCAAGCAAGAAUUGAUUUUAAUUGGUCCAGAAGGUGGUACAUUAACAUCUACAGUUGUACCAGACGUACAUGUUCGUUUUCCUCAAGGUGCUUUACAAAAACGUAUACGUGUUGGUUUACAAGUACAUCCAGUUGAUCAUGAACUUGUAACAAGAAUGCUUGGUCCACGUGUCUCUGUAUCACCGAUUGUAACAAUUGAACCACGCAGACGUAAAUUUCAUAAACCAAUUACCUUGACUAUACCAUUACCAAAAACAGCUAUGUCAUCCUCUAGCGGUGUUGCUGACACUAAAUCGCGUUCAACUAUCGAUUCACCUAGUCUUCGAUUACUGUGCUCGAUUACGGGUGGGACAUCACCUGCUGUUUGGGAAGAUAUUACUGGCAGUUCUCCGUUAUCUGCACACGAUCUUUCUGUUUCAUUUACAUCUACAGUAUCUGCAAGAUUGUGGCUCGUAGAUUGUCCUAAUAUUACUGAAGUUGUCGAAUUAGCCAGUCGUGUUUAUCAUGAAUCAUUGGCAGUGCCUUAUAUUGGUCAGUUUAUAGUGUAUGCUCGUAGAUUUCAUCCUGAAGAAGCUCAAUUACGUUGUCUUUGCCUUACUGAUGAUUCGGCAGAGAAAACACUUGAACUACAAGAAGGAUUUCAACUAAUAGCCACUGGACCAUGUAUUGAGGUUCUUGAUGAUCAUCCACAUUGGAUUGAAACAGCUGGUAACUUAGUACCUGUUGCUAAAACUGAAGAACAAUUACAAUUGGGAAUGCAUGCGUUCCGUGAGAAUCGUUUGAAUAUGAUUGUACGUGUGAAAGAUUUAUCACAGCCGGCUGUUGGAAAAUUAGCGUUUAUGCGUCAUCCUCGAGCUGUACUACAAUCUGCUGGGUCACCUGUAAAACCGGCAACAGUUCUAGAGGCUAAAUUACCAGACGAAUUUACUGAUUACAUGACUGAUGGUGUAUUAAAAACAACUGAUAUUGAUGAUAUGCCACCUUAUAUUCCAGAAUAUAAUCAAAAUGGUGGUCAAUACACCACAUACAAUAAAUCGUUGCCGCAAACAUGGUCAAAACAAGAUCAUUACGAUGAGCCAUUAGCUAAAUCUGAGCUUGAUUUACGACAAGUUGCUUAUCAUUUAAAAUCAGAUUGGAGAAUAUUAGCUCAAUAUUUAGGCUUGUCUGAUGAAGAUCAAUAUAAUAUUACUUCUUUGCCUAAUCGUCCUGAAGAAGAAUAUGCCUAUACUAGUUUAUUGUUGUGGCAAGAACGUAAUGGUAAUGAAUUAACUUCGGGUACGCAACUUGCCGAAGCACUACAAGCUAUCGGUCGUAAAGAUAUAUUGGAAUAUUGUAUGACUAACAUUUCGCCUGUAAUAACAGCUGAUGAACGGGUUACUGCUUUACGUUCAUUGAAUGCCGUUUCGCCCAAUUUAAAUAUUAAUCGUGAAAAUCGAUCUCAUUCAAAAGAUGGCAGUGGUGGUUUAAGUGAAUCAGUUGAUACGGGUUAUGGCACACAAACCGGAUCUACCACACUAAUACCAACAACACCAGUGAUUACAAAGACAAUUUCAUCAACAAUUCAUACACUACCCACUUCAAGCAAUGUAGAUAAUUCUAAACAAUCUGAGCAAGAAGUGGAGCAAGAAAUUAUACAACCAGUUACUGUGACCACUGGUCGAAUUUAUUCAGGGUCAUUACCAUAUGUGGGAAAAUCUAUUACUGAUGUUCCCGAAGACAAAUAUGAUGUAUUAAAAGGAGUUGAAAAUAUUCUGGUUGAUAGUCAACAUUCAUCGACUAUAGAAGAUGAUAAAAUAAAUUCCACUUCUACUGGACCUCCAGUCAAUGAAGAAAUAGUUAUCCCUACUCAAAUUAAUCGCACUGUUCAACUAAAUCGUACAGACGACACGACUAAUAAUAGUAAUAAUAUUCAUAAACAAAUUGAAAAAGAUAGUGAUUUAUCAAACAUUUAUCCAGAUGGUAAGUAACCCUUUGAAUAGAUAUAGGCACACCGGCAUUGAUGGAUUAUCAUGUUCAUCAUUCAUAAUGAUGUGAGGUCUGUAGUUAUAAUUGUUUUAUAUCUUUAUGAUUGAGUGUUGUCUUAUCAAUUGCUAUUUUUGCCGUUUUGUUCUCUUUUUUAUUUAUUUGUGUCCCAUUAAGUCUAAGAGUUUUACUGUUAAUUUGAAACGCGAUAGUUUAAUUUAAUCGUUGCAAAUUUCGACUUCUAACUUACUAUCCGACCGCGCUUUUAAACUCUAAUCUAUCUGUUUCAGUUUGAACAUCUUAAUGACCUUGACACUUAUAAAGCUUUUAUAUAUACAUUGAGAUUACAGUUGUCAAAUAAAUGAAUUACAAUAAUUUGUAGCUCAUAUUUUGAUCAGCUAAUAAUGCGUCCAUAAAUAAUGAUAAUAUUUCAAUUACGUCCGAUAAAAACAGUUAAUAAUCUAUUACAAAACUUUAUGUGGUACUAAACAAAUGUCUCUGUCAAUAAUUGUAACUCAUUCACUAAGGAGAUAUUCAUGUACACUAGGCUUUGAACGAUGUUUUGUGUGCAUUUGUGUGUGAGUUAGUGAUAUUUCAUGGCUGUUCAAAUACAAGUAGGUGGAGCAGUGUUUGGACGUUUUGUUGCUCUUUGAGCCAUUAAGUCAACAAUUUGUAAACAUAUUAUCAUAAACCUUUUUAUUGAUAUGUACAUGAUCAUUUUACACUUAAUUAUUCAUUAUUGUUUGCGCACUACCGAACACAGAUUUGUGUAAUUGGCUUAAAGUCACACUUUAAGCUUAAGAGCUAGAGUAAACCGAAAUUCGAAUCUGCGAUUUAAGAGUAGCCUAAAAUAGAACAUCUUCAUCACUAAGCCACAGCUCUACUUUUAUACAUUCGAUAGGUUAAUUCUUCGAUCAGCACUCAAUGGAUUAGACAAAUAUAACACUUGUCACUACUAAUUGAUCAGUCAUUUUGUACAUUUCAAUUCUGUAGAGAAGGUGGUCAGUUAUAACCCACAUAGAUCAUUGAUAACACCUCUUAGUUUCCGAUACGCUUAACUGUAUGACUAAUGCCAACUUAAGUCUAAGUCAGCUUCUUAUAGAUAACUAACUCCAAACAUGUCUAAGAGACUCUCUCUUCGAUGUCACUAUGUAAAAUUUAAAUUUUCGCACAUACACACCCACAUAUGUUUCAUAUUUGUAGUAAUGUUACAUAACAACAUUUACAUCAUUAUAUGAAUCCUACAAACACUCUCAAUAGAAAUGUAUAUUUCUUACUUGUGUCUACUGAAUAGAGGAAAAAACAUCUAGUUUUUUUUCUUCUCGAAUUAUCAACGAAAUUGACAUUUGAAGAGAAAACAUUUUCACAACAUCAUUUCAUAUAUCAAACUGUUCUUAAUUAUUAUAUAAAUGCCACAAUAUAACUUUAUUCUAUGUGUAUACUCUUCUUUUUAUACACAUAUCAUACAUUUUCUUCAACUUUAUUUCUCUAAUAAAUAUGAAUCAAAACUAUCAAUAAAUUAGGUGAGUGGGUUUUUCCGGUUUUCAUUUAUUCUAUAUAUUAGAUAUAAUUGUUUGUCUUUACUUUCUAUUCAGUUAAUAAAUAAAAAAAAUACAAAUCAAGACAUUAUUUUUUUUAUUAUUAAUUUGAGAUUUCAUUUGAAUUACAUAUAAUAAUGCCAUUAUUAAAAUAAAUGAUUUAUUUAUGUGUAUAUACACGCAUAGUUUUUUUUCUUUCUUGCUAUAAGCAAUAUUUCAAUAUUGUAAACAGUUAUUUUGUUUAGUUUGUUUGUUUGUUUUUCGCUCAUUUUUAUUUACGGUUAGAGAUGUUUAGAUAAAUUAGAUUUUUUGGCUAAUAAAGUUGUCAAUGAAUAAAAAUUAAUCGAUAAUUUUUUUAUAUACGUGUAUAAGUCGGUUUGUGUUAAACCUUGCUCCAUACACAGCUAUAUAUAAAUAUAUGGUUUAUUCAUCAUUUUCAUAAUUUUCUUCAUCACCAUUAUUAUUGUCGUCAUUGCUCUUCUCAUCAUCAUAUGUGUAUUAUUACAACGGAACAAUUGUUUAAUUAGUUGAGUGUAAGAAAAUAAUUUGGAUCUUAUCUACAUGUUGUCAAUUGGUUUGUGAAUAUUUUCUUGUAUGGGUGUGUUUGCCCACAUGUUUGUUUGUAAUCAUAUUACACUGUUAAAUUAUUUAUAUAUUUCCAGUUUUGCACAUAUACUCCUAUACGUGCAUAUAUAUCCAUCUAUCUAUUUAUAUGUGUAUAUACCUUUAUACUCAUAAAUACAUCGUCCGGCGAUGGUGUCUAUUUGCUAUGGAUUCAUAUUCAAUACAGUUCAAUUGAUCAAAGCACUUAUAUAUUCACAUAUAACAUAUAUAUCUACAUAUAUUUCGACUGUUGACCAUUGUUCGUGGUGUUGCUAACACGUUUGCUAGUCUCCAGUGAUGUGGAGUCAGAUUUAUCGCAGGCUACAGAAAAACACAUUUUCAUUAAACAGCACAAACAGUUAUUCAGUGAUUCAUUAUCUCAUCCUAACUGUGAGAAAUCGACUGACGAUGUACAGUCGAUAGUAAGUAAAUCACUCGUUGAUAAAGCAGAUAAUGAACAAGCUCCAGAUGAUCAUCAUUUGGAAUCAUGUGAACAAGAAAUUUGUGCACAUCACUAUCAAAGAUGUGGUGAACUUGAAGCUACAUGGGGUAAAGGUGCAGAUCAAGAUGUUCCACCUUGCGAAACUAGUGGAUUUCAUGUAGAUAAAACACAUGAAAAACAAGUUUGUAAAACCGUAUUAGAUGAAUCAAAUGAAGAGAAGAUUUGUGCAUAUCACUAUCAAAGAUGUGGUGAACUUGAAGCUACAUGGGGUAAAGCUGCUGAUAGUAGUAAUAACAAAGUACAAACUAGUGAAAAACAUGAAGAAAUGUUGUCUAUCGCACCGGGUAUUGUACCAUCUGGGCAGUCAGGGUGCACAUAUCAGUUGUCUGACGAAACCGAAACUACAUCAAGUAAACCUAAACCAGCAAAUACAUUUUCGAUUGAAGAUACAAUGCAGCAACCAUCAUCAUCAUCGUCACAAGAGAAAUUAACAAAAACAAUCAUCAUUUCAAAACACACAAAAUCAGAUAAAGGUGAAAUAAAAUAGAAAUUACCUUCUGUAUGUUUGUGUAUGACAUCGAAGUACAGUUAUGCAAAGAACUAGUGUAGACUGUAUGAAUACACCCAUUGAGCU